AUGCCAGCCACGACGACCGACGCCGUCCUGGGCACAACAAUCGCCUUCUCCUUCAUCCUUCUCGGCAACGCCAUAACCCAGUCUUACAUGUCCGUCCCGGCUCUCCUCCUCGACUUUCCCCCGCCUACCUCCCCUUCCCAACCCGCCGCGGCCCGCCAUCUCGGGCGGCAGUGGCCCAUCUUCUGGCGGCUGGGCAACGUGUUCUUCCGGCCCAUCAGCACGCUUGGCAUCUUCGGGUACGCCUAUGCCAGCUGGAUGGCGGCGGUGCGGGGAUACGGACGUGGCGCGGAUUGGCGGUGGUAUGCCCUGUCGUCGGUGUGUCAUUUGGUCACGGUGGUGCAUUCGGCUGUUAAUAUGCAGCCGAUUAACGCUAAGCUUGAGGGGUUGCGGUUUGCUAAGGUCAAGGAGAAGGAUGUGGAUGAUGGGGUGGGUGAUGGGGUUGGGGUUGAUGUGGAUGUGAGGCGGGCGGAGGAGUAUGCUAGACGCUGGGCGAGGCUGAAUGUGGUGAGGAUGGUCAUGCCGUUGGUCGCGGGGUCGGUGGCGUUGUGGCAGUCGAUGAGGGAGCAUGUGCGUUAA